AGAUUCAAGUGAACUUUUAUCAACAAAGUGAAUAUUUUAUUUGUGAACAAAAAACUUGACUUAUCGGGGAAAUUAAACUGUUUAGAACAAUUCAAUAUAAUCAUAACUAGUUUGUAGAUUGUAUAAAUAUGGAACAUAUUAAGAUACCAAAGAUAUCGGAUUAUUCCGAUGAUUCAAUUGUCCAACCAAGUGAUUUUAAACAAGAUUUCGAUCUUGUAUCGCCUGAAGAAAUUAAAUAUUUCAACGAAACAUUGGUCAAUGAUUACGAAGAACUUAACAGGUCGCCCUUAAUAUUCGGUCUUCCGAUUCCCCAAAAAGUUGCUGACUUACGAAAUUGGAUGGAGGAAAACUUACAUCCUCAACUUCGAAUAGAUCACGAGCCAAUUUUCUUCCACGAUAUAUUAGUGAUAAGAAAGGUGGAAAAUGUACGAAUGAUAGAUCGGUACAAUAACAAAAAUUCGAUUGUUGGAACGCUUUAUUUGACAGCAACACAUCUCAUAUUUGUUGAUCCUGAAGCUAAUGCCGAGACAUGGAUUCUCCACAUGCACAUCGCCAGUGUUGAGAAGCUUCCGCUAAGCACAACUGGAAGUCCUUUGUUGAUACGUUGCAAAACAUUCCUCUCCGUCACGUUUGUUAUAGCGAAAGAACGAGACAGUCACGAUGUUUAUUCGACAUUGAUUAAGCUGUGUCAGCCAGUUAAUAUUCAAAACCUUUACUGCUUCCAAUACACGUCGAGCAGCGAGGAAUUAGUAAAAUCAGCGGGAUGGGAUUUCUUCAAGUUAGAAAACGAGUUUCGUCGAAUGAAAGUGCCAAAUGACGAAUGGCAAUUGACAACGAUGAACAAGGAUUAUGCUUUGUGUGACACCUAUCCAAGUCAGUUAAUUGUGCCUAGAGCAGCUGACAAAUCAAUUUUACUCGGAUCUUCACAGUUCCGAUCCAAAGGACGUCUACCAGCUCUCACUUAUCUACAUUCAAAUAAAGCUUCGAUCUCUCGUUGUUCACAACCUUUAAGUGGCUUUAGUGCUCGUUGCAUGGAAGAUGAACAAAUGCUUCAGGAAAUUAAAAAGACAAAUCCACACUCAAAAGUUCUUUACGUUGUUGACACAAGGCCGAGGAUCAAUGCAAUGGCAAACCGGGCUGCUGGCAAAGGCUACGAAAAUGAACUUUUUUAUGAAAACACAAAGUUUCAUUUUUUGGGAAUUGAAAAUAUUCACACAAUGCGCGCAAGUCUGGUAAAGUUGAUUGAAACUUGUGAGCAAAAGUCAAUGAAUGGAUUUCUUAGCUCAUUGGAGUCAUCAGGAUGGUUGAAACACAUUCGUUCAAUGUUGGACACGUCAAGUUUCAUUGCGAAUGCUAUCAGCAAAGGAAUCUCAGUGAUGGUUCAUUGCUCUGAUGGCUGGGACCGAACGUCACAAGUCUGUUCACUUGCAGCUUUAAUGCUUGAUCCUUUCUAUCGAACAAUCAAAGGAUUUCAAACAUUAAUCGAGAAGGAUUGGUUGGCAUUUGGACACAAGUUUAAUGAUCGUUGUGGUCAUUUACAGACUGAUCCGAAAGAAAUAUCACCAGUUUUCACACAAUUUCUCGACAGCACAUGGCAAUUAAUGCUGCAACGACCAAAUGCAUUUGAGUUUAAUGAAAGAUUUCUGUUAAUUCUUCAUGAUCAUGUGAUGAGUUGUCAAUUUGGAACGUUUAUUGGAAAUUGCGAAAAAGAUCGAAUUGACUUGAAAGUUUCGGAGAAAACUUUUUCACUUUGGGGCUACAUGGCGAAUCAUAUGAAUGAAUACAUCAAUCCUUUGUAUUGUCCUGGUGAAGUUGAAGAUAUCAAACCAAAUUUAAGUCCACAACUUAUCAGAUUUUGGCGUGGAAUGUACGCUCGUUUUGAGAGUGGCGUUCAUCCAAGAGAAAAUAUUGGCGACACUUUAUUAGAAAGCAGAGAACAUUGUGCGUCACUUGAAGAUCAUGUGCAACAUUUGACGAAGCGUAUCGGGAGCAUUAAGAAUCUUAUAUCAAAAUCAGCAAAGAAACUUCAAACAAACAGCGCAAAUUUAUUACAAACGGCAACCGGCAGAAGUAUCAACGACAAUAAAUUCAACUACGACAACAAAAAACUCAGCGAACUUCAAUCAGCUGAUCACGAUCAUCCAUUAAAAUCUGAUGAUGUGCUAUCGAUAUCCGAUUGUAAUAACGAAGUCAAUCAAAUAACAAAUGAAAUAAAUUCAGUGGCACUCGAUUGGAAAAGUUUACGAAGUGCUUCAGUGUGUGCAUGUUCGACGCCUUUUUCUCAGGAAAUGAAGAAAACGCAUUGUUGGAGAUGUGGAGAAAUAUUUUGUACACGUUGUAUUGACAAGACGUUUCCUUUGCCAGGACAUAACAGCGGAAAACCAGUUCCAGUAUGUCGCGCAUGUUUGAAAAUUGUUUCACAAGUCAGUCCUUGAACGAUUUUUCAUUGUCUACUAAAAGUUGAAGCUUUUAAAUGAGUUGCUUGCGAAGCUAUUUCUUGUUUUGGAAUUUAAAUAAAUAUUCGAAUAAAUAAUUAAAGAAUUAAAGUUAUUAAAAAGUUCCAUGUUGCUUUAAAAAGAGAAGAAAGAAUGUUGCAGACUUGGAAUUGACUGUUUUGGAUUGUGAUAAUCAAACAAGUAAAAAUCUAUGAAGAAAAUAUUAUAAAAGAUUAUCGAUAAAAGGAAAAUAAAUAUAAAUAUUCUCUCUUACUUG